UAUUAGCUACACGACUAAUGUACGCCUUAUUACUGAAAAGUGUAUUUUGUUAGUAUGUGAGACGGGUGAGGGUGUUGAUUGAAAAAGUCGCCGAGGGUCGGUGUUUUAGUAACAAUGGAUGGUGGGGACAGGAUCCUGGUGGCAGCAGGGCUGACAGCAGCUGUGGUGGUCGGUGCGUUCGUGCUGUGGGGUCCCGGAGGCGCGCCACGCGUACGCAAGCGCCGUGGACAAAUCGCCGGUCUGCAAAACCUUGGCCGCACCUGCUUCCUCAACACUUUGCUUCAAGCGCUCGCUGCUUGCCCCAUUUUUAUCGACUGGCUGAAGCGAUUUGCAAAGGCAGACAGCAAUAAUAGUAUGAUUACUACGCUGUAUACUGUGAUCGAAGUGGUAAAUGGAACACAUGAAUCUGCACGUGGCACGCCAGUGUGUCCACUGGGUGUGCUGCAAGCAUUGCGCGCCGCGGGAUGGGUGGUGCCGGCUGAUCAGCAGGAUGCACAUGAACUCAUGCAUGUGUUGCUUUCUUGCAUCGAAGAAGAAACCACUGCAAUGGCACGGAAGCCUGGCUGCCUGUCAGACGCGCUGGGCCUAGGUGGUGGCCGCGCGUGGUCUGCUCUGGCUUCGCCCGCGUCGCCGCCUGCUGUGCCCCACCCGCUACGGUCCGAUUCCACGCCGCCAACGCCGUCUAGUCUGGCGCUCCGCCCUGCCUCCGCUGCGCCCGCCGAUGAGCCUGACUUGGUCGACCCAGAGCCGGCGGAGCCGCCUCGUCUUACGAAGGGCGUGUCGCGGUCGUUCUGCCAUUUGAGCUCAGUGGGGAGGCGUUGGGUGCCGGCGGCGGCGGCGCGCGUCGCGCCCGUCACGCCCUUCCGAGGCACGCUAGCCUCGCGACUGCAGUGCACCGUCUGCUCCACCAAGAGCCCAGUGCGGUACGACAAAUUUGACAGCGUCUCGCUGUCAAUGGCGAACGCGGGCGUCGGCCUUACGGGUUCGUACAGCUUGGCAGGGUUGCUGCGCGCGUUCACGGCGCCGGAGAUGGUGAAGGGCGUGCGCUGCAGCAAGUGCUGCGCAGAGUCGCCGCCCACUGAGGGCGCUGCGCCGCAGCCCAGGGACGGCCCCGGAGCUUACACCCAGCAUAUACGGACCGUCAGUUUCGGCAAGCUCCCGCAGUGCCUGUGCCUGCACGUGGGGCGCGUGGAGUGGGCGGGCGGCGCCCUCAGCAAGCGCGCCGAGCACGUGGCCUUCCCCGAGACGCUCUCCCUGGCGCCCUUCGCCUCGCAGGCCUCCAACAAGUCGGAGCUGGCGGCGCUGAUCGGCGACCGGCGCCUGCGCAGCCUCGCGGCGCUGAACGCGGGCGCCACGCCCGACCCGGAGCGCGCGCUGUUCCGCCUCACGGCCGUGGUGGUGCACGUGGGCGGCCCGCGCAGCGGCCACUUCGCCACGUACCGGCGCGGCAACGGCUUCGAGGCCCGGAGGUGGUGGUACACGUCGGACACGCUAGUCCACGAAGUGUCUCUCCAGGAAGUGCUCCGCUGCGCCGCGUACAUGUUGUUCUACGAGCGCGCCGCGGCCGACCGCACCCUCACCGCGCACCACUCGCACCAGUCCACGCCGCAGCACUUCUAGGGCCCCCGGCGGGGGCCGCGGCAAUGCACCGUUCUACCUACUGUGUGGAUGUCUUCGGGCGUCCACUGAGCGUCGUUUACGCGCUGUGCGUUGACGUUUUUGUGGACAGUGCCCACGAUCAAUCAUUAGCUAGUCUAAUGUCGACGCCUUCGUAGCUCACUUUGUGUGUCGUUGUGGGUAACUCCCGUUGUAAUAAAUUCUGAAGCGACACAAUAUAUUCCCAAUUCUUCAAAUUUUGUGGAAACUGCUCUGCUCUUUCUCGACCGGCGUUAUCACAUCGAAAUUAGUGUUUCUAACCGUGUACUACAAAUCACGAAAUUGUAAAACGUGCACGCUGUCGUUAGCCAUUUCCAUGAAAACCUUGUAUUAAUAUGUAAAAAACGAGUGCUGUACUUACGAGUACUUACAAAUUUACAAGAGCUAUACAAUAAUAAUUAAAAGUAAUCAAAAUAACAUCUAUCUGAAAUCUGAAUGUCUUAGGCAUUUUUCGAUAUCACAUUGUAAAUAUUCUGUGGUUUUUCCGAAUUUUUCACUCGUCUACUAGUUUUCGAGGCAUUUUUAUGUACAUUUUGAACUGCAUUUAUAUGUCUAUCUUUUAGUACACCUGUUUCUCUGUGCUAACAUUUCUUCAGCCGAACCUUAACUUCUGGUGGCAAGUCUCAAAAUUAAAAACUGUCAAUAAAUGUUGAAAUCGAUUUAACAAACAGGUACUUUCCUUUUAAAUACAAAGUAAUGUGAUAAGUGUCAUUUCACGUUCCGGGUUAAAGAGCAGGCCACACGGACGCAGUACGGCGUGAAAAGCGGUCUGGAGACGGACCUGCGGGAAGCGGAUGAGUACUGGGGCAUUCUACACAGCAGUACCACGCGUAGUCCGCGGCGAGUGUGUCAGAUAGUGAUCUAGAAAAAUUUCAGCACUUAUUAGUGUUACGAAAGAAACACUAAGGAAAUUUCGGCCAAAUUCAUAUUGAAACUUAAUAAAAACACACAUAAGAGUUGUAAAAAAUGCAGCGUGCAAUUCCGGUAAAGGCCCGCUCCCGGACCGCGUCCCGCGUCCCGCCACUGCCGCUCUGUGUGGACGGUUGCAUAGAACUGAAUCGAAUACAUACUCUUAUAAUAAUCGCUUCGGUUCGCGUCAGGUUUUCCAUAGCGUUGUGCCCCGGCCCGCGCCGCCCCGCCACCCGGUUUCAAUGUAGCUAUGUGCAUAAAAACUCGAAAAUUACCAAAAUGUACGCUCGGAACGCUCCCGCUACCGCCACCGAGUGGCCAGAGCAUUAGAAUGUCUUGAAUGAAUAUGUUCCUUCAUUUGAAGGAACACCAAUAAUGUUAACUCGGGAAGCUAUAGCUUAGCCACGUUGGUCAAACUUCGAGGAUGUUUAUGUCUACUUUGUUUUGCAGUUAUAUAAAACAAUUCAAUGUAAAAUUUCAACAUUUAUUGUGGCCAUGUCUAACUGAACUGAUCUAAUUGUGUGAUACUUACAUGUUUCGUUAGAAAUAUUGCACAAAUAAAACCGAAUUUGUCCUUAACAAUUGUAUAUACUUUCAAGUCUAUGUAUUCCAGCGACUUUGUAACGGAGCAUUUGCGCUAAAUUUCAAUCUAUUUUAUUCUAGGUUUCGCUAGUAAAUACUUCUUCGUUUUAGUCUUAGAUUGUGCAGUACUUAUCUUGCAUUUAAACGCUUAUACUAUUCACUUCACAGAUGUAUUUUGGUGUUAUACUUUUCUCCAGUUAUGUAAAGUCGAAUUUGGUGGAAACAUCCAUGGACCUUUUUUCCAGUAAUUCAUGACC